CCCCCACAUUCAUCCAACAAGACACUGAGAUGCAACGUAAACUGACACCAACAACACGGGGGCCAUAUUUCGUCGCCCGUUUUAUAGACGACAUGUUACCUCCGGGAUAACAGAAGCUCGAGCUUUCUUAAACGCCAGAUGAUUUUUAAGGUAUUUUACUUGCGCGGUCUCUGGACAUAGGGCUAUGGAGUUAUGUCGCCGGGCUGGGUAUUAGGGAUUGGGGGAAACAUUCCCAUCAACCAAGCCGUUCUAAAUGUUAUGCCUAAUGGUACUAAAAUUAUCUCCGCUGAGUCGAGUGGAGUAUCAGCUUGGGCAAGGACAGCGAAAAUAUCUGUCAUUUUACCAGACGGAAGCUCAAAGAAAUAUUUCCUGAAGUGUGCGACAGGUUCCAGCGCUCGAGCCCUAACCGAAGGUGAAUAUCACUCUGCGACCGCCAUUAAUGAUGUUGUAACUGGCCUGGUGCCGAAGCCGGUCGGAUGGGGCGAGUACCAUGACGGAAAAUCAUUGGUAUACUUCUUCUUAGGAGAUUUCCAUGACAUGGACUUUUCUGCUGCUCCGGACCCUGUCAGUUUUGUAUCCCAAAUAGCAGAACUUCACCAACGAGGCACCUCUUCGAAUGGUCAGUUUGGAUAUCCCGUACCGACUGUGUGUGGCAAGAUGGAACGUACAGUAACCUGGGAAUCGAGCUGGGCUAAAUCCUUCACGCAUCAACUUAAGGAUGUUAUAAAAUACGAUAACGAGGCCAAUGGCGCCUGGCCGCAAUUCGACGCCGCGUGUGAACAGCUCAUCAAUGUGGUCAUUCCGAGACUAUUGGGGGUUUUGCAGUCCGAGGGCCGUCAUAUUACCCCGGCCUUGAUUCACGGUGAUCUAUGGGAACAUAAUAUAGGAACCGACAAAGAAACAGGCAAAUCGGUAUUGUUUGAUCCCGGGUGUACGUAUGCUCAUAAUGAGAUGGAGUUCGGGACUUGGCGGUGUACAUGGGCGACCCAUUUCAAAUCACCAGUCUACAUGCAACAUUAUCAGCAACAUAUCAAGCCUUCAGCGCCAGCAGAAGAAUGGGAUGACCGUAACCGCCUUUAUAGUAUCCAUCCAUACUUGAACGACUCAGCCGGGCAUCCAGGCAGUCAAUCAAGAAAAAUAGCCUAUAACGAAAUGCUGUAUCUUUGCGAGAAAUAUGGGCCCUCGGAUAGCCUCGAAAAGUACGAUCCAGAAACAGACAUUAGCAUUACGGGUGCUCACCUCCCAUUUGUUAUAAAACAGUUAGAAUAAGGGUUAGUGGCACCAUAUCUUAGUCGUGGGCGUACAUCCGAACCCCAAAGAAACAACCAGUUUUCACGAUUACAAUAGCGCUGUUUCGGAUCGUUGUCCUUCGGGUACGGGCAACAAUUCUAUAUAAAUAUAGAGCGAUCCCAUAUAAUCUCUACUUAGUUAUCAUCUAGAGCUACACCAACACAUUCAAAUCAGUACUAUCAUCCAAAUCUUCGAUAACCAAUUCCUCUAAUUACUACUUAGAACAACGUCACAUACCUUUCCGUAAGAACAAGACGUCAAGAUGCGUUUCAUUGAAGGACUUAAAACGGCCUUAGUCCUCACCAUCGUCCCGUUCGUGGUGGGAGCUUUACUCCGCGUUGCGCUGACGAAGCAGCAUAAACCGCACAUGGAUAAGGGCUUCGCGCAGGGGGUUCGAUGUAUGAAUAAUUACAUGUACAACAAAAAUAUGACUGAGUACCGUGAGUGCAUGAAGGCGGCGGGCAUGCUCCCGGAGAAGCCCCUCGUCGUCCAAGCUCAACUAAAUGAACAGACAACAAUGCAGACGAAGGUUAAGCAUCCAUCCGCUGAAGUUGAUUAAAGGUAUUCCAGACUAGAUUCGUUGAGUCGCUAUGAACAAUAAAUAGAACAUAGCAUCAUUAAAUAAACAAUUUGUAUUUGUUGGGUGAAAGAAGUUGAGUCCGGG